UAUUGUAGAUGCCCUGUGGCAGAGGAUUCACACAUACAGCUGAUGCAGGCUGGGAUGUUUCCUGCUACCACAAAGGCCACAAGGACUGCAUUUACCUUCCAAGUACUUGAUGACUUCAUUUGGGACAAUGUGGAAUGUGGUACCUCAGCAAUGAAUUUCUACAGCAAACUUUGCUGCAUAACCUUCAAUGCCUUUCCUCAUCUGGUGCCAGAUAGGUACAGGGAACUGCUGAGAGUUGCUAGGAUGUGGCAGCUCCUGAAACUACUGAAAUGGCAGGGAUCUCACAUGAGUGCAGAAGAUGCUGGCCCUGGGGAAUUAGUGUUAUUCUGUCCAGCAUGUCCUCAGCCUGGCAUCAACAUUCCUAAAGAUGAAACAGAUUAUUCCCAUUGGACACUGGCAAGAAGCUUGGUCAUGGAUGGGAAUUUCAAGGAAGAGCAUAUGCAUCCAAAGGAUGCUGGCAGCAAAGCCUGGUUGAUGGAUGGAAAGGGGUACAUGGUCACAUCACAGCCAUACAAGGAAUAUUUGAGUGGCACUAAAAAUGUGGUUGAGAUCUCAGAUUGCAGCAAUCAUCAGGCAGUUAAUCAAGCAAAUGCCAACUGGCAGCAGCUCGCAUCUACAAGAAUAGGUGGAUGUGCCUGUGUGUGGCAUGGCUGUUUUGUGCCACAUGCAAUGGUUGACUUCCAGAAGGGCAAACAGCAGGUUAACAUGGACUAUGCACUUGUGCAUGCCAUCAGGCAUGGAACAGUCCCUGGCCAGCAAGUGAUACAUUUCUAUGAUAUUAACUGCCAGCAUAGCAAAGGUUUAGAACAACAGCUACAUGCCAAUGCCUAUAUAUCCAUGCCAGAUGGCAUGCAGAUCUGCCCUGGCGUUGGGUUGUGGCAUGUUCAUGGCCACUGCACAGAAUGCUUUGCACGAUAUGCUCCCAAUUUCAUUGUGGGUGCUGGCUGGGUGGAUGGGGAGAUCAUGGAAACCUUGUGGUCCUCCCUGAAUAUCAUUUCCCCAUCUGCUAGAGGCAUGGCUACUCCCCAUCAGCAGGAGGUACUUGAUUUCCAAAUGAAUGAUAGCAAUUUCCUGAAAAUGGUCAGAAUGCAUGAGUCUAGUGCUUGUAUCAGACAUGGUUGCAUGGCUAACAGGAUACAGCAAUGA